AUGCACGACAUGCGAAUCGCACAUUUGGAUCUACGCCCGGAAACUAUUUUAUUACAAGAUACAAAGCUUAAAUUGGCAGACUUCGGACAGUCAAGGAGGCUUCUCCGUGGAUUGAUUACUGGCAAAAUUGAAGGCAAGAUUUUCUCCAUACUAACUGGCAUUUCACCAUUCCAUGGUGACAGUGACAGGGAGACAUUGGAAAAUGUGAGCAAUUGUGCAUAUUCGGUUAAAGGCGAGGAAUGGCAACCUUUCACGCCAGAAGCUGCAGAUUUUGUGAAAAGUUUACUGAAGGAGAUUCCAGGGUAAGC